AUGAGACUGACUCAAACAGCACCUCAUUUUCAGAGCUCAGAAGCAGUGUAAAAUAGAGCUUGAGGCACUAAUCUGCUCGAAUUUAAAAUACUGGAAUGUAUAAUCUAGUAAUUGUUUUAGUGUUGAUUUCUGUUUUCCAGUUCAGAAUCCAAUACAUGUAGCAUUUAAAUUGCUGCUAAAAGUAUUCCAGAUGAUAUAUUUAUGAAUGUAAAGCUCACUAAUGUAGAACCAUAUCACAGAGCUCAGAUCUGAUCUUUGGGUAGCUUAUUGGAGUUUUGAGUAAAUUUUAAGACAGGACUCGUACUUACAUGUGUUCAGGUUCUGUAUUUUUUAUUUCAACUGUGCCUUCUGUCAUGGCUUGGAUGACUUAUAUUUCCCACUGGUUUGAUGAAGAUGAUUGGUAUGAAGGACAACAACGAGCAAAAAUGUCGCAGGUUAAACAAGUGGGGCUUUUAGCUGCUGGAUGUCAGCCGUGGAACAAGGAUGUCUGUGCUGCCAGCGGGGACAGAUUUGCCUACUGUGCUACCCUUGCUGUUUAUAUUUAUCAGCUGGAUCACCGAUACAACGAAUUCAAGCUGCGGGCAAUUAUGUCUGAGCAUAAGAAGACAAUCACAGCCAUAUCGUGGUGUCCCCACAACCCUGACGUGUUUGCAAGUGCCAGUGCAGAUAGUUUAGUGAUUAUUUGGAAUGUGACUGAGCAGAAAGUUGUGGCCAAGCUGGACAAUACAAAAGGAAUUCCUGCGUCCCUUAGCUGGUGCUGGAACGCCGGUGAUGCGGUGGCAUUUGUGUCCCACCGAGGUCCGUUGUACAUUUGGACUAUCUCGGGACCUGACAGCGGGGUAACCGUGCACAGAGAUGCACAUAGUUUCUUGUCAGAUAUCAGUCUGUUUAGAUGGCAUCCAAAGAAAAGAGGAAAAGUAGUGUUUGGACAUACUGAUGGAAGCCUGUCUAUUUUUCAGCCAGGUUCUAAAAAUCAGAAACAUGUCUUAAGACCUGAGUCUCUGGAAGGAACGGAUGAAGAGGAUCCAGUCACAGCGCUGGAGUGGGACCCUUUGUCAACCGACUACCUUCUGGUUGCCAAUUUACACAACGGCAUUCGACUGGUGGAUUCGGAGUCGCUGUCCUGUAUCACAACUUUUAAUUUUCCCAGCGCGGCGGCGUCUGUUCAGUGUUUGGCCUGGGUUUCUAGUGCGCCUGGAAUGUUUAUAACUGGAGAUUCUCAGGUUGGCGUGUUACGUGUUUGGAAUGUUUCCCGUACAACACCUAUAGAUAAUUUUAAAUUGAAGAAAACUGGUUUCCAUGGUUUGCAUGUGCUAAGUUCUCCUCCGAAGAAAAAGCCAUGUUCACCACAGCAUCCUACGAAAAAUCACCACACAUCCUCGACGAGCGAGGCUGUUCCUCCUCCAACUCUAACCCCAAACCAAGCCUUUUCUCUCCCUCCUGGUCACGCCGUCUGUUGCUUCAUGGAUGGGGGAGUGGGGCUUUAUGACAUGGGAGCCAAAAAGUGGGAUUUCCUCAGAGAUUUGGGACAUGUUGAGACCAUCUUUGAUUGCAAAUUCAAACCUGAUAACCCUGAUCUUCUUGCUACAGCUUCAUUUGAUGGCACAAUAAAAGUUUGGGACAUAAAUACUUUAACAGCGGUUUACACAUCUCCUGGUAAUGAGGGGGUUAUUUAUUCCAUUUCUUGGGCUCCAGGAGAUCUGAACUGCAUAGCAGGGGCAACAUCCAGAAACGGUGGCUUCAUCUGGGAUGUCCCAAAAGGCAAAAUGAUAACCAGGUUCAGUGAGCAUGGAAAGAAUGGAAUCUUCUGCAUUGCCUGGAGUCAUAAAGAUUCCAAAAGAAUAGCAACCUGCAGCGGUGAUGGAUUUUGUAUUAUUCGAACCAUCGAUGGCAAGGUUCUGCACAAGUACAAACAUCCUGCUGCUGUGUUUGGCUGUGAUUGGAGUCAAAACAACAAAGAUAUGAUAGCCACUGGUUGUGAGGAUAAAAAUGUUCGUGUUUACUAUUUGGCAACCAGCUCGGAUCAGCCACUCAAAGUUUUUUCAGGACAUACUGCAAAGGUGUUUCAUGUGCGGUGGUCUCCCCUGAGAGAAGGAAUCCUCUGCAGUGGCUCUGAUGAUGGUACUGUUCGAAUAUGGGAUUAUACACAGGAUGCCUGUAUAAAUGUUCUUAGUGGACACACAGCUCCAGUACGGGGAUUGAUGUGGAAUCCUGAAAUUCCCUACCUUCUAGUGUCCGGCAGUUGGGACUAUACGAUUCGAGUCUGGGACACAAGAGACGGAACAUGUUUGGACACAGUUUAUGAUCAUGGCGCAGACGUAUAUGGAUUAACGUGUCAUCCUAGUCGUCCGUUUACUAUGGCGUCUUGCUCUCGGGACUCCACUGUGAGACUCUGGUCAUUGUCACCUCUUAUAAACCCCCUCCAAAUAAAUAUCUUGGUAGAUAGAUGUUGGGAUGAGAUUAUCGGUAAUACAGAUCGCGCGGUGGAAUCCGGGGCUCCUCCUUUGCUGUGUGGUAAAGUUUCCAGGGAUAUUAAACAAGAAGUGGAAAAAUUGACAGGAAAUCCUCGAGGAAAAAAACUAAGGUGGUUUUCCGAAUGCUUUUCACCUCCAGGAGGCAGCAAAAAUUUAUGGGAUUUAGUUGCUGUGAUAAAAGGACAGGAUGACAGUUUGCUUCCACAAAACUACUGCAAAGGAAUCAUGCAUAUGAAACAUCUCAUCAGAUUUAGAAUGUCCAAGGCACAAGAACUGACAACAGUAAAAAUGUCCAAGUUUGGAGGCGGUAUUGGUGCGCCAAGCAAAGAGGAGAGGCUUAAAGAAGCUGCAGAAAUACAUUUAAGAUUAGGACAAAUUCAGCGAUACUGUGAACUAAUGGUAGAACUUGGAGAGUGGGACAAAGCUCUCUCCGUUGCACCUGGUGUCUCGAUGAAAUACUGGAGGAAGUUAAUGCAAAGGAGAGCUGAUCAGUUAAUUCAGGAAGAAAACGAUGAUGUCAUCCCAUACUGCAUAGCUAUCGGAGAUGUGAAGAAACUAGUUUCUUUCUUUACGUCAAGAGGCCAGCUUAAAGAGGCUCUGCUUGUUGCACAGGCAGCUUGUGAGGGCAAUAUACAAAUGUCACCGCUUUCUACAGCAACUGGAUCUUCAAGUCCUGGUGCAAACAAUACAGAUGAUUAUAAUGAGCUCCUGCACAAGGUCAGUAAGGAACUGGCAGAAUGGUAUUUCCAGGAUGGCCAUGCAGUGCUUGCAGCGUGUUGCCAUCUGGCUGUUGAAAAUAUAGAGCUUGCGAUGGCAGCCCUGAUUCGUGGAAAUGAGCUGGAGUUGGCAAUCAGUGUGGGUACUGUCUUAGGAGAAAGUGCAGCACAAGCAACACAUUAUGCCCUAGAAUUACUAGCAAGAAAAUGUAUGACAGUAACAACAUGCUUUCCAUCACUUGGAUACAGGGAUUUAGCAGCUGAUCUUCUCAUGAUGAUUCCUGAUAAUAAACUGCAGUUAGUGAAGCUAUGUGCUUUCUAUCCUGGAUGCGCAGCAGAAAUAAAUGACCUGCAUGAAAAGUGUAAUCUUCCCGAUGUAGAAGAAUGUCUGCGAUUGGCAGAGACAGUUCAAGCAGAUGGGGACAUAUUCGAAACUAUAAAGUACUAUCUGUUGAGCACAGAACCUGAAAAGGCUCUCCCUGUCGGCAUUCAGCAUGUGAAAGAACAACUCUGUGGCUCAGAUUGGACUUUAGAUUCAGUCUGUCCCUACCUUGAUCUUCUAAGUUACAUACGCACUGAACGAUUAGUGUUGCAUAAAUGCAGUGAAUUUCGGAAUGAGUUGCUGAUUUUGUGUGGCUACAUCGGUGCUCUGCUCGCCAUCAGAAGACAGUACAACAGCAUCGUACCCGCACUUUAUGAGUACACGAGUCAGCUUUUAAAAAGACGGGAAGUAUCUGUACCUUUGAAGAUCGAACAGCUCUCAGAGGAACUGGAUGCCUGGAGAGCCUGUACUCAAUUAAACAAGCCUGCCGACGGCUCACCGGGCACGCCGCCGUCCGAGUCCCAGAGAAGGGUCUAUUCCCUCCUCGUGUCCCGAAUGCCCGAGGAGCCUCUGAAAGGGAUGGUGGGGCCGGACAACGUCACCGGCUCAAACCUGCCCAGCCAUUCGGAUGCCCACAUCUCCUGUUUGACCGGGCUGAGGAUACAGGGUCCCGUCUUCUUCCUCGAAGACGGAAAAUCGGCCAUUUCGCUGAACGACGCGUUGAUGUGGGCCAAAGUGAAUCCUUUCUCCCCGCUGGGCACAGGGAUCCGGCUGAACCCCUUCUGAGGAGGCGUCUCCUCGUGGCUUCCGAGGGCUGGAAAUAACCUCGCUAACCUUGAUUGGAAAGGAUGGAAAGAUUCCUCCUGAAGGGCAAUUAACUUGGACUUUGAAAAUUGUAAGAAAAGGAUUUCUAUACAAAUGUUUGUUGAUAAUCCAAAGAAAAAGUUAUUUGAGAAUCCAAAGAAAAAAAAAAAAAACAACCACAAAAAGUCCUAAUUUCGUAGACAGCCAUGUCUCUUUUUUAACUAAUUGUCAGACAAUUCCGACGUAUUUCGGUCAGUUCUGUGUGACAGGCGCCUUGAAAAGGAAGUAAGGAAAUAUCUGCAGGAAACAGUAAGGAAAUAUCUGGUUUUAAAAGGUCGAUAACAAACUGUGAAACCCACAAACACGCUUUGAAACGCAGAAAAAUCGAAUGACUUUACCGAUAGCGACCGCAGCCUGGGUUUAGAACGCCCGGAAUCUGCGGCUGCUUCACGUGUUGGGUCCCCCCUUUGGAAUUUUAACUCAUUUUUACAAGCAGGAUUCUAGCGCAAACAGAAGAUUUCCAAAGUGCUUAGAUGAUUUUUUUUUUUCUUCAUCUGUUAAUUCUUGUGCUUUAAUAGCAGUACAAAGAUGUUUACCGACGUUUUGGUUAGAUAGGUUUGAAUAUCUAGAUUAUUAUAAAAUUCUAUUUUCUAAUAAGUUCAUCUUUGGUGACCGUCCCCCUUCUUCUUUCACUGGAAGCUAAAAUAUAUUUAUAAAACUUUUUUUUUUUUAAAAAAAAAAACAAAAAACAAAGGGUUUGUAAGGAACAAACAGCAAAUGUAUUGAAAUUAUUUAAAUAUGUUCUGUACAUUUAAAAUACUUGCUUUCUUUUUACAUUUUGUAUUAGUUAUAAAUAUUAGUACAACAGACCAGAAGUAAAUACUUGUGCGUAUAUUUUUAUUUACUAAAGCUGGGCUCGAAUGGGAAGAAAAUUAUGGCAAUAGAAUACUAAGAAUAUUUAAAUUUUAAAGCUGUGUCUAGUGUGGAAUUUAAUCGUAGGGCAAAUCUUACACUUCUUCUUAUUAAUAAUUCUUAGAAUUACUUGUAGGAAAGACGCCGUCGUUAAUAAUAUUCUUCAUUAGCUUCAUUGGUGGCACACAAGUGGAAAUCUACU